AAGCUAGAUCCUUAAAUUGAAUUGAAUGUUAGUGCGAGUUUAUUCCCCAUGUCAGAGUGCACCAAUUGGUGAUUUUACUGGAAUUGUGUAUCGUUUCACGCUACUGUAAAUCUCCACUCAGACUUGAAAGCACUACUAAAUCUGUCCAAACGUGACCCCGGGGCAGAUUUCCCGAUCAAGCCUAACCCUCCAUUAUGGCCUAUUAACCGUCCUGAGUGGCCUCUCUCUGAGCUAAUAGGGCAAUUUGGCUCGAGUCGAAUCUCCCUGCUGUUACAGACGCGGCUGGGGGGCUUCCACACACCCUGCUAAACAGCGCUUAGAUUAGCCUGUAAUCUCAUUAGCCUGUACAUCCCAAAGAGCCCCAUUUAACCCAAACAAGAGUUUAUGGCUGUGCGAUACGGAGACGCAGAGACGUACAUCAGCGCGACUGACCGCAUGCCAUCACGGCUCCCGAAACAGAGGUCAUGUGACGAUCAUAACGAGCGCCUCAACAUCUCGAUGAGUCCAUGCAUUUAGACUCAUCUGAUCAUCUGACGCUAAACGUUUACCUUCGGAGAAACAGUUCGGCAAUCCGUCAUGUUUUAGUAGAAGAGCGUCUGAGACCUAGCAUUCGUUUUUACCGAGUGAAGUGGAGGACCGAGCUAACAGCCUGCUAGCUAACCGGUUAUUAGCGGCUCGACAGGCAGAAACGUGCACAGUAGAUUCUCCUGCUAACGGCUAGCACACAUGACCUUACAGUACAUUCGCUACAUUACUAAACCUGCGACUCUGCGAGCACCACCGGUGUGAGCAAGGCUAACAAUUUACUGAGCUAGAACACGAGUCUGUUAAGGACACUGUAGGAUCGCCGAAAACCACCGAAAACCACCGAAAACCAUCAGGAAUAUCAACAUUUCCCUCAGAGAACUAAUAACAGAUUCCAAACUAGUAAAAUGAGACUGUAAUUACACACACACACACACUCUCCCUCACACACACACACUCUUGUUGAACUCUCUCUAAUGGGCUGUCUGCGGGUGUGUGAGAUUGAUAUGGAAUCUCGUCUAACAAAAUCCAAUCCAUUUCAUUUCAUUCUUCUGUGUCACAUGACCUCUCUCUCUCUCUCUCUCUCUCUCUCUCUCUCUCUCUCUCUCUCUCUCUCUCUCUCUCUCUCUCUGUCUAACCUAUUGUUUUCUAAUUGUUGUUUGCGCUGUAUGUGGUGCGCUUUUUCACCACCAGAGGGCGACAGAGUCACUUCCGAGUUCUGGUUUGCACAGUUCUGUGGCAACGACAACAAAAAAAAAAAAAAGAAGAAGAAGGGGAAAAAAGUGUGUGUAUAAAGGUCGAGGUGAUUUUGUGCAGCAGGAUUGUAAAGAGUGAGAGAGAAAAUGAGUGUGGAGUUGGAGGAGUGCAUCAGGACAGUUUUUGAGGAACACCUCUCAGAGAGUGUUCGCGUGCAGAAAGAGGACGUGUGUUCAGGAGUCACACGUCUGCUGGACAAGCGCAGGCAGAUUAAACACGUGGACGAUGUGUUGAGGAGACAGAGACAGGAGUUUGAGGUAAAGCGAGAGAGUCUCAGACAGAGAAAAGAGGAAGUGAAGAAAAAAGAAGAAAAUCUCAAAGACUCUUUACUCAAAUUUGACAAAUUUCUCAAAGAGAACGAUGCUAAGCGAGCAAGAGGUGUGAAGAAGGCGGAGUCUGAGCGAGCCGUGCUGAGAGAGCGAGAGCGAGAGCUGGAGCGGUUACACACACACAUCGCCGCCCUGCUGGUGAAAAAGGAGAAACUGCAGGAGCGAGUCGAGCGCUUCAGAGUCUACUGUGAGUUCUUACACACCGCACUGAAGACAGCCACGGAGUUCGAGGACGUCGGACAGCUUGUGGCUCGCUUCGAGACGCUGAUGUCGACGCGAGAGCACCUGCUGAGACGGCAGAGCGAGGUGGAGAGACAGAGGGAGAGGGACAGCGUAGAGUUGAGACGCUGCGUCAGCGAACAAAACUCCAUCCUACUGCAGCACAACAACACGCUGUCACAACUGCAGACCGAGCUGGACGACGUCCUGACUCACACACUCGCACAGGAGUCGUCGUGGAAUCACAUCCAAGCAGCGGCGGUGAAAGAGACGCACCUGUUGAGUCAGAUAAAGGUGGUGACCCUUAACCUUUAUCACAUGACUGGUGGCAUGAUGGGCGGAGACGAAGGCGUGAAUGUGGACGACACUGUGGGACAGCUGGACCGGAUUCGGAUGUAUAUCGAGGAUCGGACUGAGAUCCUCUCACAUCUCAGAUCAGACAGAAGCAGCAGAUCCUCCAGGCUGACUGAUGGAGAGUAAAAGUCCACACACACACACACACACACACACACACACACACACACACACACGGUGUUGUACGACACACACUGUGACUCUCUGACAAAUAAACACUAUAAAUGUAUUGU